AGAUUGAGAAAAGGAUGGGAAUACUUCCGUGUGUAUUAUAUGCAUAUAUCCUUUAUCACAGAACAACUAUGCAUAGGCUCACAUAGAUCUAAAAAAUAUUACAUAGCUUCCAUAUUUAAUACAUAUAAAUAUGUUAGUUAGACGAUGGAAUGUUAACAUCCACAACAUAAUCAUAACAUAUAUAUAUAUAUACACACAUCGAGAAAGUAUGGAGAAGAAGUAAAAAGUUGAAGACUUGGGGACACCCUCUUCUUUCUUCCUCUGAUGAAAGUGGCUUCUGAUUCAGAAGAUAGAUACAGGACAUAUUUAUGGAGUUUCUCUGAAUCACAAGCCUAUGUCGAAACCAAGAAGCCCGAGAAAUUAUGCCAAAAUAAUCUCGACCGGCAGUGCCCGAGAUUUUGCAAAAUGCUCCACCGAAAGUUUGAUAUGCAAGAAAUUAACAACAGACGGAUUUUGAUGAUUAGUGGUGGAAGAUAUCUGCUUUUCUUCAAAAUACCAUCAAUGGAUGUGGAAAGGUUACUGAUUUGCCUAUUCUGGAGGAAAAACAGAUGGACAAAAUGGGGUUUCAGUGUUUUGCCAGCUGUGCAACGGCAUUGCCACAACAUUUAUUUACUAAGCAUACAAUUGUCAAGUAAAACGCUCCAUGCACUGGAGCCCCGGGCUAGUCACUAUCCGUUCAUAUCUAAGCGAAUCCACCAAUACUACCUUAUAUGGGUAAAGUUAAUAAAUCUACUUUAUAAAUGGCCUCGUUUGGCUUCUGAAGCUUUGUGGGAGCAACAAUGGUGAUUUUGUCAUUUUUGGCUGAGAUACUGCUAAUUCUUUUGUUGCUCGUUUUCUGAGAGGAGAUUUGGUAUGUUAUACUACUUUGCUUUCUUGAAUACAAGUCUUGCAUUUUUAUUUCCUCUAAUGGUCUUCUGAUAUAUGUAAAUUUUCGAAACUGCCGAUCAAUAAGGUAUUAAUUAUAAAGAUGGAGUAACAUGAUUGCUCUCGCAUAUCGUAUGUCAAUUGGUGUACACUUGAUUGUUUCUUGCACGCAUCAUCGUAAUCAAACGGGAUUUAAAUUUUACCGUUGAUUGAUUUAAUUGGUAGAUCAGUUGCAAAGAAUUCGGCUAAUUGAUGGUUCUUGUGGAUUAGUUUAGUUGAUUUAUUUUGGAAAAGGAAAAUUAUUUAAAGAAUUGAUGUACAAGAAUCAGCAUGGAUCCUAUUCCUACCCUUUCUGAUGGAGCUAUAUAUGUUGAAAUUUUCAUUUAAUUUAUCCUGUGCUUUCUUAAUCUAAUUUUUCCCUAUAAUUAAUCUUUGCUUGUAUUCAUUUUACUUAUUGAUAUGGAAGCUUUUAGACUUAGAGAGACUUUGAUGCCACAAAUGUUAUGAUUGGUAUAAAAGUGAUGGGAUUUGGAGUAGCUUCAGCUUUAAUGUACCUUGGUAGCAUUAAGAAUUCCAUCAGCUUGAUGUCAAAAUUGAACCAAAGUCAUAUCAAUUGAUCCAUCAUAGUGAAGUUGUAACAUGGUAAUAGUGAGUCUGUGAAGGGAGCUCUCAACGUUGUAAAGAGUGGAGAAAUCACAUUUUAUAAUUCCCUUUAAAAAAGCUUCUUGCAGAAAAACUAUAGGUCAGACCAAGUUAGCUGUUUGUGGGGAAGGGGGAAAUAUACAUAUAUAUAUAUAUAUAUAUAUAUAUGUAUAACACAUCCUUUGUGAGAAAAUCUAGUGUAGCAUCCUUUAACAUCAUGUUGACAUUUUCCUUUUCUUCGUCUAAUUUCUAUUUGUUCAAUACUUUGUACAUUUAGUAUAAGUUGUCGCAAUAUAAGUGAUUUUAAAGAAAAAUUGAUUUAUUAUUCUUUCGGAGCGUGUAUUCUGCUGAAAAGCUAAUAUAUUAAUCAUUAGUUUGUAGCUUUAAGAAAUAUAAAAGGAAAUAUACAGUUAAUUUUUGGUUGACUCAGGUUGGAAAAACGUUGAUUCUGACAUUUAGCGUGGAAGUUAGUGUAGAUUUUCCCAGUGAAUUUUUUUGGUUCACAUUUAUUGUGAAAGUGGCCACAUCUCAUUUUAACAGGCUUUGUUAUAUACUUAUGCCAUAAUAUAACAUGUCAUUGGAGAAAAGAAAGUGCGAUUGGUUUUUGUGUUUUGCCAGUGCGAUUGGUUUUUGUGUUUUACUAGUUUCACCUAUGUUUGCUUAUGGUGAAAACUAGUUUCUGCAAAUGGCUAAGAAACAGGUUUCGAUUUAGAAGCUCCCUAAAGACUUAUGCAGAUUUCCUGUCCUAGAGGAGGGAAGAAAAAGAAAAAUUCUUUGAGAAAAUUUUUAAAUCCAGAAUAACUAAUGCUGCUUAAAUAGUGACAUUGUUACACCUAUCCUUUUAUUAUAUAUAUAGACAUGGUGUUUUCAUAAGUUUUCAGCAUAGGGCAAAAUCAUAUUCAACGGUUUUCACUGAAAAUAAACAUUGUUAGUAUUUGUAAACCAAGUACUGCACAAGUAGUUAAUUUAUUGCAAAAAUAACCUGUUAACUUACUUUAUGGGGAUGCAUAUGAACCAAUCUUUUUUGUUAAAUUAAAAAUAAGCUUUUGCAUCAUCUGAUGCAACCUUUCUUCUAUUGCAAUAAAUUAUAUUGAUGUUUCUCAUGACAAUUUACUUCUGGUGUAAUAGUUUUAUACAGAUUUACAGCUUUUUUGACUGGUUUCUUAUAGUUUCUGAUAUUAAAUAGUUGUAUUUGAUAUCUUGAUGGUUAUAUAUCCUCUAAUAUCUGUCUUUUCAAUCGUUAAAGAGGAAGAGGCAUCUGUGGUAGAGGAUUUAUCAUAUUGUUGUUAUUCUGAGGUUAAUCAAAUAACAGUGGCAAGAAUGCCAAGUGGGGAGUAUAGAAGAAGUGCACGGAUUUUGGAACUGGAUGCACGGAGGUCUCAACAAGCAGAAAGUCAAAAUAAGGGUAAGGGAACAUGUGGGGUUGCAUUAGAGGAUGUAGAUGCUGAAGAAGAUAAUUUCAACUUAAAGCGAGGAAGAAAAAGGGUCAAGAUUAGACCAGUGCAAGAUCUGGUUGUUAACAAAAUUGGCUAUCAAGCUGGAAAGGUGGGAAAUUCCAGUAAUGAAGAUCAUCUUACAAAUGCUGCUAUGUCAUCUGGAACUGCUUUACCAGAAAAAAGCAAGCUUGAAAUGUUACUUGGUAUCUUGCAAAGGAGAGACUUGCACAAAAUAUUUGCAGAGCCUGUAAACUCACAAGAGGUUGAAGGAUAUUAUGACAUCAUUGAAGAGCCAAUGGACUUUGGCACGAUAUCAAAGAAACUUAAUGGAGGAAGCUAUAAGACACUAGAAGAAUUUGAGCAUGAUAUAUUUUUGGUGUCCAGCAAUGCGAUGCUUUUCAACCAUUCCAGCACGAUAUAUUACAGACAGGCUCGUAUUAUUAGAGAUCUAGCCAUGAAGUUAUUUGAUGGUCUGAAAACUGAUCCUGAGAACUUUGGAAGUGAACUUUUCAUGACAAGACUACGAGCUGGUUACAGAGAUGAAAGAAGAUCCAAGUACCUUGUAGAAGAUCGACGUGCAACCUAUAAGCCUUUUGAUUCUUUUCUCAGUGAGAAUGAAUCAAUUGUGUCUUCAGUUUAUAAGAGAUCAGAAAAACUAGUGCAGGAUGAUACUGAAAUUGGAUACGAACAAAGCUUGCUGCAAUUUGUUAAAGAUCUCGGGCCAACAGCUCAAAUGGUUGCUAGCCGGAAGUUAAAAAGAUGCUUUCCUGAAGCUUUUGGUUAUCAGACUGGGACUCCAUCCCAUGAGCUUCCAACUCAAAAGCAUCAAAUCCCAAAUGUGACAUCUGUACAGAAAAGUACCAUAGUUCCAUCAUCUUCGAACAUUCUCAGGAAGUACAGUAGAAGAAACUACAGGAACAAAAGGGAUAAUAACAAUCCAGGAAACACUUGGCCUGGAAAAGUAUCAGCAAAUGGCACUACAAAUGUGAAUGAUGUUCCAAGAACCGGAUUCACCCAGGCUAAUAAUACAAUGAAAAAUUCUGCUAAAUAUGUUGGGAAAUCAGUCCAAACAUUGGAAGGUGGGGGUAUUUCUCUUAAGCAAGACAUGGUUGGUCAAGGCAUUGGGAAUUCUUACCCUUCAACUUCUCCAUUAGGAGAUGGAAAUCCUAACCUUUCUUCUAUAAGGAGCACAUGCAGCAACCAUGAUGAAUAUAUCUCAAGCCCCAUUAACAAUGGUAAAAAUGUCCAAAUGGCUAAUGCUACUUCAUAUGAUGUGACAAAUCCUGUUGGCCCCAGCAGAAGAUCAAUCCAAACCAUGAGAGAGGAGGCUGCUGCUUUUAAUGAAAAUGUGGCUGAUCAAGGCAUUGGGAGUGCUUACCUUUCCACUGCGUUGUUAGGAGAUGGUAAGGCCUAUUUAUCUGCUACAUCCAACAGAAAUAGUAACCAUGACAAAUUCUUCUCAGAUGCUAUUAAAAAGAUUAAGAAUGUUCAAGUAGGAGAGGUAAAUUCUUCAAAUUUAAUGGAACAUCAUGGUGACUACGGAGGAAAGUCAGUGAAGGGAAUGAGUCUGGGAGGUGUUCUUUUUAAUUCCAUCAUGGCUGAUCAAGGCAAUUGUAGUGCUGACUUCUCCACUGACUUAUUAGGAGCUCUCUCUACUACAAACAACGUAAAUGGUGACCUUGACAAGCUUAUCUCAAGUUCUGUUAGCAAGGGUAAGAAUGCCCAAAUAGCAGAGGCGAUGGAUCUUGGUGACCACUGUCGAAAAUCAAUCCAGGGCAUUGGAGAAGUGGGUGCUGCUUUUAAGGAAGACAUUGCUGAUCGAGGCAUUGGGAAUUCUUAUUUCUCUACUCCCUUACUUAGAGAUGAAAAUUCAAACUACCCUGCUACCUGGCAAACUCAUAGCAACACCGAUGGACUCAUUGCAAGUCAUACCAAUAAGGGUAAGAAUCUACAAAUUGCAGAAAUGACUUCCUCAGAACCAAGGAUGAAAGAAUCUCUAUAUUUCAGAGAUUUUGGUGCUUUCUCAUCUAAAGAAUUACCACCACUUCCAGAAGCUAUGGAGCCGAGUUGGAGUCAAGCUCAGUCUAUAAAUGGUUUGAAUCCAAAUUGCCUUGGAGGGGCAGUUCAUCAAAGUGAUGCUAUGGCUGAUAGAGGAGGCACAAGCUAUGGGGGUGAAUUAGAGCAGGCAGGUCAAGCUUGGAAUUGGUUUAACCCAACACAGUUGGGGCCACAGCCUAUCUUGUACUCUUCAUUCCAGGAGCAAUCAAGGGCAUCUAAAGUGAAUGUGGCAGGUGAAGCUGGGUCCCCGGAGUUGGGAGGCUGGGGUUCUACAACUCCUAAAGAGCAACAGGUCAUGGAGGUGCCCAACAUGAAUAAAAGUCAUCAAAAAGGUGACCGACAAGGGAGCAUGAGCAUUGGAACUCCUCUGGGCAAUAAUCAUCAUCAGCAAUAUCCUUUAGGCAAUAACUAUCAGCAGCAAUCUCCUGUGGCAAAUAACUGUCUGCAGCAAUCUCCUUUGACAAACAACUAUCAUCGGCAAUCUGCUUUGGCCAAUAACUAUCAACAGCGAUCUCCAAUAGCAAAUAAGUAUCAGCAGCAAUCUCCUGUGGCAAAUAAAUAUUUGCAGCCAUCUCGUCUGGCAAAUAACGAGCAGCAAUCUCCUCUGGCAAAUAGCCAUCAGCAUGAAUCUCCUCUGAGAAAUAAUUAUCAGCAGCAGUCUCCUCUGGCAAAUACGCAUCUGCAGCAGUAUCUUCUGGAAAAUAACAAGCCACAGCUGUCUCCUCUGGCAAAUAACUAUCAGCAGCAGCAAUCUCCUUUGGGCGAUGCCUAUCGGCAGCUGCAAACUCCUUUGGCCAAUAACAAUGGCCAGCGGCAGGCUCUUUUGUCCAAUAACUAUCGCCAGCAGCAAUCUUCUUUCACCGAUAACAAUCAGCAGCAGCAACAAUCUCCUUUGGGCAAUAACAAUCACCAGCGGAAACAAUCUACUUUGGCCAAUGACAAUCAACAGCAGCAGUCUCUUUUGUCCAAUAGCUAUAGCCUGCAGCAAUCUCCAUUUUUGGCCAAUAACAAUCGUCAGCAGCAACAAUUUCCUCUGGCUAAUAACAAUUGCCAGCAGCAAUCUCUUUGGUCCAAUAACUAUCGCCAGCAGCGAUCUCCUUUAUCCAAUAACAAUUGCCAGCAGCAGCAAUCUCCUUUGGCCAAUUACAAUCGCAAGCAGCCAUCUCGUAUGUCCAAUACCUAUCGGCAGCAAUCUCCUUCAGGCAGUGAUUAUCUGCUGCAAUCUCCUCUAGGCACCAACUAUCAUCAGCAAAGUAACCAUGAGCAGCAAUCUCCUCAGGCCAAUAACUAUCUGCAGCAGCAAUCUCCUUUGGCCAAUAACUUUAGGCAGCGGCAAUCUCUUGUGGGAAAUAAUUAUCAUCAACAAUCUCCUUUGGCAGAUAACAAUGGACAGCAGCAAUCUCUUUUGGGCAAUAACUAUCAUCGGCAAUCUAUAUUGGCUAAUAACUCUGUGCGGCAGCAAUCUUCUGUGGCCAACAACUUUCGACAACAGCCAUCUACUUUGGCCAACAACCAUAGGCAGCAAUCUUCUUUGGCCAAUAAUCACCAGCAGCAAUCUCCAGCAGAUACUUACAUGUUGAAGUGGCGUUUUGGACUGUGAAAAGAGCAAGAGAUGAUCAACGUGUAAAAACUAAAAUAGGAUAAACAAGCCCAUUUAUAGGAUUUUUAUUUUUAUUUUUUUUAAAAAAGUGGUUUGGUUCUUGUUUUCUUUGGAGUUCAGUAACUAUUUUGAGAUGUGUUUACCAUAAAUGAUGGAAUGAACUUGUUAUGUUA